AUGAACGGAAGCGCAUUUGGAGGAAAUAGGCUUAUGCGGACGAACACUGCAGAGAGCACGGGAAUUGCGUGUGUACUGAAGAACAUAGAGGGAAUUGUUGGGCUGUGCGACCUGGUGAAAACAUCGUAUGGGGUUGACGGGAUGUUCAAGCUUGUUGUUAACGCGCAGAAACGGGUGCUGAUGAGCAGGUCGGUCGCCACAAUUCUUUCGGGGUGCGACAUCGAGCAUCCUGCGCUGAGAAUGAUUGUAGAGCCAGUGGCGCACCUGGCGCAGAUGGGAGACUGCACGGGGUUUCUAAUGGGCGUGCUUGGGGAGGUUCUGAGGAAGUGCAGCCUGCUUAUAGAAAACGGAACGCUUCCAACCGAGCUGGCAAGCGCGCUGAGGGAGUGCGGAGACGAGCUGCAGGACAUUGUAAAAGAAGUUGUUCACUUGGAAGACUUUUCCCUGGACAAUGCGCAGGUGCUGAGAAAAGUGACCAGUGGAAUUGUAAAAAAUGGCAGAAUAUCUGAGCUGCUUUCCCUGUCUAUUUCUGAGAUAUCGAAAAACGGGUCGUUCCCCAUAGACAGCAUCCGCGUGACAAAAGUCAACGUAGGGUCUAUUGAGGAGUCGGAAAGGUUUAAGGGCAUGCUUUUGGAGAGCGCGCCGGAGACAUCAACCACUGCAGGAACAAAGCUGAAAACCGCAGUGUACACGUGCCCGCUUGCCAUCAGCAACAUGGAGACAAAGGGGACUGUUCUUCUGAAGACGGCCGAGGACCUUCUGGCGUACUCGCAGGACGACGAAAAAACUGUCCGGGAGUUUGUGGACAGGCUGACCUCGAACGGGGUUGGGCUGAUUGUGUGCAGCGGGUCGGUUGACAACCUUAUGCUGGACUACCUAAACGAGAAAGGCGUGAUUCUGCUGAAGAUCCACAGCAAGUUUGACCUGAGAAGGCUGUGCAUGCUGUUCGGUGGGCGGAUGUCAAACGUGCUGCGGCCGAUAGACGAGCAGUAUUUGGGGGUGUGCGAGGCGAUUGAGAUCGCGACGUACGGAGAGAAGAAGUACACGAAGGUGCAGGGAAAGGGGCAGAUCGAAACAAUUCUUGUUAAAGGAACGCUUCCUGCGCUGCUGGAGGAGACGGAGAAGCUGAUAGCAAAGGCUGUGUAUGCCCUGCAGGUGUGUGCGAAUGAGUCGAUGCGGACCGGAAAGCUUCGGCUUAUGAAGGGCGCGGGCGCGUGCGAGCGCGAAAUCGCAGAGAAGCUGAAGGUGCACGCAGAGAAGCACACAGACAUCCGGCAGGUGGCGACCAAGGCAUUUGCGGAGGCAAUCGAAGUCGUGGGAAGCAAGAGCCCAAGCCAGGACGGCGAAGAGGUUUUUGAUGUGGCAGCAAUCAAAGAGCGCGCACUCGACUAUGCUAUACUGCUCUCCUCCGACAUACUCAGCAUAUCGCAGAUGUUUAUCACAAAAAACGAAGACAAGCUAAGCGCGCCAAAGAGGCAGGGGCACUGGGAUGAUCGUGACUAA